AUGGCGUACAGCACGGGUGAGAAAGGUCUGACCAGUACGAGCAAGGCCGCGUGGAGCUUGAAGGGGCUAUUUACGUUAGCUAUAGAUUCAACAUCUGCAAAUCCUACGUCAAGAUCAAGUGUCCCAUCUAACCAAACAGACGGUAAGGAUCGCCCAUCUACCGACAAGAAACUGAAAAAAGGAUCAAAAAACAGUGCUGCAUGUCAGACUUGUCUGAGCAGCCUGUCAUCUAACCACUCUCAGAUUAUCAACAAGUGCUUCUGUUGCAACACGAUUUUAGCAUUCCCCAAUAGUGCUACAAAAUACAAAUGUUCCGUCUGUCACACGACAAAUUUUGUGCACCCCCAACAACACGGACAAGCAUCUUCCCCGUCAAAAGCGACUGAUUUUAUUUCCCUUCUGGAUAUUGAAUGCAUGGUUCAAGAGUGCUUCUCGUAUGCCUCGUCCGAGGAAGGCAAAGGGAAGCCUGUACGUGAAAUAUUCCAGUCAGUGUCCUCAUACUUGUAUAAUGGCUUCAAAUCAUAUGAGGUUCUCAGCAACUCGUUCAAAGUUAAGCAGCUGGACUAUCGGCCACACCGCCAUACUGCAAACAUAAACUUUGCCGAAAUCAGGGACACGUUCAACCUAUUAACUAAGUUGCCCACAAAAAGACCUUUACAUUCGGCUUUGAAAGGAGCUAGUGAUCAACUAAAGAGAAUACUGUCUCCAUCUAGCCGUGUGAUGCACUACAGAUGGCUUUUUAUUCUACUUGAGAUCCCCAUUUUGUCCAAUGCUUUGGUUCCUCACGAUGUGAAUGCACGGGCAAUGACCAACGAACUUGAGAUCAAGACAUUGUGUUAUGACAUAUUGAAACGAUGCUUGGGAGUCCUCUCCUGCGUCGAUGAUACCAAAGUAGUUAGCUAUUGGAUUUCUUGGAUAUCCCAUUUACAUCUUGACUCGUUUGUCCAUAAAGUGGAAAUCAUCAAUCUAUAUAUCACGUUUCAAUUGAAGAAGUACUUUUAUUUGGCAAAUAACCCACAUAUAAAGCUUGUGUUUACUCCGUCUCCAGAUAUCCCAGAGUCGGACCAAUUGGAGUAUUUCCAGCAUGUGAAUCUAAAGAACCACAUUGAAAGUACACCCACCUCGCUGAGUUUGCCUGGCCCACUUCAAGUGCCACUUUCACAACUCAGCAACGGAACGCCUACAAGGGGACCUACGACUAAAGGGAAAACUAAGAAAGAGGCAAAGAUUAGAGUACAACAAUAUGGUAACGAUUGGCGAAUAAUGUCGGCUCUGAGGGUGCUCUCUCUAUUCCUACGAGCGAACAAGAUGAGGGAUGAUAAAAAGGUACCGGUGUCCCUAUUUUACAACUCCCUUGUUGAUUUUGUCAAUAUAAAGUUGGACUUUGAUUCGUGGCAAAGUAAAAAGAAAUUGCAAACGAUGCACGUUUGCAAAGAGCCUGAACUAAAAUCAAUUAUCGGAUUCAUUCAUGGGAAAAGUAUUAAUAACAGUCUAUUUGAUGAUGCUUUGCUUUAUAUAUGUCAGUACCCAUUUCUCAUCUCAUUGGGAAGCAAAAUAUCGGUUUUGGAGUACGAGGCUCGAAGGCAAAUGGAACGUAAAGCAGAGGAAGCAUUUAUUAACUCUUUGGAUAAAAGAAUUGUAAUAGAUGUGUACCUCAGGAUCAAAGUGAGGCGGGACCAUAUUGUACAGGAUUCCAUGAAAGCGAUCAAGCAGAACUUGACUAAUUUGAAAAAGAGUCUUAAAGUCCAGUUCAUCAACGAACCAGGCGUGGAUGCCGGUGGUCUUCGCAAAGAGUGGUUCAUCUUGCUAGCCAAAGAAAUUUUUCACCCGCAAGCAGGGUUGUUUCACAACGUUGAAGAUUCGAAUUUGUUGUGGUUCAACAUCAUUCCGCUUGAAGAUCCCGAGAUGUACUUUUUGUUUGGUGCAGUGCUUGGUCUCGCCAUAUAUAACUCUACAAUCUUGGAUUUACAAUUUCCAGUUGCAUUGUACAAAAUAUUGUUGGGUAAAUCGCUCGAUAAAGAAGAUUACAAGCAGUUGUACCCGGAAUCCUAUAGAAGCCUAAAUCAAUUGAGAUCCAUGACUGAAGAGCAGUUGAAAGACUUGGAGUUGACGUUCGAGGUUACUGUGAAGGAUAUUUUCGGACAACCCCACACUAAAGCAUUGGUGGCAAAUGGCGGCAAGAUAACUGUAGUCAAAAAUAAUGUAGAUGAGUACGUCACUAGGUACAUGAGAUUUUUUACACGGGAGGGAAUUCGGGAACAAUUGGACUCAUUCACCGAAGGCUUUAAUACCGUCAUUGCAGGUAAUGCACUAUCAUUAUUUCUGGAGGAAGAGAUUCAGCUUUUGCUAUGUGGAAGUGAUGAUCACAAGAUUGAUAUCGAUGUUCUACAAUCGAUAACAAAGUAUAUUGGAUGGCCGUCAAAUAGCGAUGCUGUAAAUUCCAAUGUAAUCAAGUGGUUUUGGGAAUAUCUUGCCACGCUGAGCAACUCGCAACGCAAAAGAUUACUCGUUUUUGUCACCGGGUCAGAUAGGGUUCCGGCAACAGGAAUACAAAACUUACCUUUUAAAGUGAGUCUUCUUGGACAUGGACUCGAUAGCGAGAGACUUCCAAUAGCACACACGUGCUUCAACGAAUUGGCUAUCUACAACUACAGCAGCAAAACAAAAAUGAUUGAUAAAUUGCACAAAGCAGUGAAUGAAAGCUCUGGGUUUGGUAUUAAAUAG